GCGGGCUGUAGAGGGGAGGGCCCCCUCGCCCGCCCUUCCCGCACGGCGCCCGGCGGGAGCAGCGCCGCCCCGCACGGAGCCGGCGGUCGGGGCACACACGCACACGCGGCGCAGGCGGGCGGCGGGGGCGGGCCGGCCGGGGGGGCCGGCAGAUGAAGAUGGCAAUGUCUGUGAUCCAAGCGUGCCGCAGCCUGGCUCUCUCAACAUGGCUGCUGUCCUUUUGUUUCGUGCAUCUGCUGUGCCUGGACUUCACCGUGGCCGAGAAGGAGGAGUGGUACACGGCCUUCGUCAACAUCACCUACGCCGACCCGGCGGGCGGCGGCGCCGAGCUCCGCAGCGAGAAGAGCGAGUGCGGGCGCUACGGCGACCAGUCGCCUAAGCAGGACGCCCGCGGGCAGGUGGCCCUCUCCGCUUCGCCCGCCGACCGCUACGCCUGCGACCCCGGCACCCGCUUCAACGCCCCGGCGCCGGGCAAGAGCUGGGUGGCCCUCAUCCCGCGGGGGAACUGCACCUACAAGGACAAGAUCCGCCACGCCGCCGCUCAGAACGCCUCCGCCGUCGUCAUUUACAACAUGGGCUCCAGCAACGCCAACGAGACCGUCACCAUGCCCUACGCAGGCCUCGAUGAUGUUGUAGCAAUAAUGAUUCCUGAACCCAAAGGAAAAGAGAUAGUGAGCCUCCUGGAGAGGAACAUCACUGUGAUGAUGUAUAUAACUAUUGGGACACGAAACCUGCAGAAGUACGUCAGCCGGACCUCCGUGGUGUUUGUCUCCAUCUCCUUCAUUGUGCUGAUGAUCAUCUCGCUGGCAUGGCUGGUCUUCUAUUACAUCCAGCGAUUCCGCUACGCAAAUGCUAGGGACAGGAAUCAGCGCCGGCUUGGAGAUGCUGCAAAGAAAGCAAUCAGCAAGCUGCAAGUCAGAACAAUCAGGAAAGGUGAUAAGGAAACUGAAGCAGACUUUGAUAACUGUGCUGUUUGUAUUGAAGGCUACAAACCCAACGAUGUUGUCAGAAUUUUACCUUGCAGGCAUCUUUUUCACAAGUCCUGUGUAGACCCCUGGCUGCUAGACCAUCGUACCUGCCCUAUGUGUAAAAUGAAUAUUUUAAAAGCUCUAGGGAUCCCGCCCAACGCAGAUUGUAUGGACGAUAUACCUCCAGACUUGGAAGCCUCCAUAGGAGGACCACCAACCAACCAGAUAACAGGAGCCAGCGAUAUUACAGUGAACGAGAGCUCUGUAGCCCUGGAUCCCCCGGUGCGGACUGUGGGAGUACUACAAGUAAUCCAAGACGUAGACUCCUUUCCCCAGGCUGGGGAGGGUAACUUCACAACAAGCAAUGAACAGGAGCCAGCAGUCAGCAGCGAUUCAGAUAUUUCAUUGAUUAUGGCAAUGGAGGUUGGACUGUCCGAUGUGGAGCUUUCCACUGACCAAGAUUGCGAAGAGGUGAAGUCUUGAAAAACAAACAGAUCUCUGAGACUAAACUACAGGGGAGGGCCACAGGGAGGGACCGAGUGGACCUUCUAGGAUUUGGACCAGUCACGCACUUGCCUCCGGAGCACUGUCACUCCUGCACACUCCAUUCUGAGAUGGUCACGAAAAGCAAUAGCAACAGUUGUGUCUGCCUGGAUGCAGUUCCAUCGUCUACGUACAUUCGUAAUGUUCACAUGGGAGAUGAAUGCUUCCAGUUUGCCCACGUGCUUGAGAGCAGCCAUGUAACUCUUGAGUGGCUCAUAAAUACGCAACUGAAAUGACAGCUUGAGUGUUUUCUACACUUGUUCAAUUGAGUUUUUGUUGUUUUUUUUUUUUAAGAGGUAUGUUUGUUAUGUUUGUUUGUUUGUUUAUAGUUUGUUAUGAAUAGACAUUCUUUUUGUUGACUGACCCCCAGCUUUUUCAAGAGUUCAGUCCAAAAACCUGAAUUCCCCGUUCAAUGGUUACUUAAUGAUCCCACUCCAGGAUCUAUCAUUGCCUGUUAUUACUUCAUGAAGUACACGUGGCUUCAGAGGCAUGGUGCACCAGCAUCCUGUGUAAAUGUGAAACCUGCUUGCAUUACGUGGAGCCUGGGAGAUGGUGUAAUCUGAAGGUCUUUAUUUGUAGGAGCGCUCUGUAUUAACAAAGACUGCUGAGAUUUGGUUCAAAACAGCAUUAUUCUGUCUUCUUCGUACAGAUGUCUUUGAGACAAGUAUGAUACAGAGUUGAGGGAGAGAAAAAAGUGUCUUGUAGUCCUUUGCUGCAUUGUAUGCUGUUAGUACAGUAUGUUAGUAUGUACUACAUGUUAGUAUGUACUUUUCCUUGCUUAUAUACAUGUAUACCAAACCAUUCUGGGUAGAGAGGAAGGAAUCUGAAAAUUAACAGAAGUAACCCAAAUCAAAACAUCCAAAUAAGAAUCAUUUGUGAUUUAAUCCAUCCUUAACUGCUCUUGCAGAGAAAAGCUUAUGAUUACUUGUUCAAUGUAAAAUUUCAUUUUUCAGUCAAAAUAUUCAACUGUGAAAAAGCAUUCUUAGCUUCCUGUUUUACAAGAGUAAAGGGUUUCUGUUGACAGUCAGAUGAUUUGAAUCACAUUACUGCCUCCUGAGUAAGUCAGCAGAAUCAACGAUUCAUCUUACAUUGGAAUUUCAUGGAGAGGUCAAACGUUUUCACUUGUAUCACUGCAGCAUCUCUAAACACAACCAUUUGGGUUUCUUGCUAUAUUUAAACUUCCUUUUAGAUUUGCUCAGCUGAGGAAAACAGCUCCCACCCAAAAUUCAGCUUGUCAGAUUUUAUUCAGCAACAAAUGUGUUUAGAACUGUGCCGAAAGUUCUGGACAGCUUGCUUUUUUAUUGUGGGAAGAAGGAAGAUUUAUACUCCGUUCUUUGGGUUCAAUUAGAAUUCAGUUUGUUUUAGGGCUUUUUUUUUUUUUUUUUAAUGUUUUUAGCCCGUAAGUUGUAGGGUAUGUUUGAGGCUUGAAAACCAUGAUCCAGAUACGUGCCCUGAUGUUUUUAUAAGCCAUUCAAAUGAACAUCUCUCCUUAAUUAAUGAAAUGCAAGCAGUUUGGAAUCUGUUUCAUUCGAAAAGGACGUUAGAGAUUGUUAGGGAGCGUGCAGCUGAGUCACUCUUGCCAAUAUUUGUGACCCUGUUCCCUGCCACUAUGCGUAAUGCUGCCACUGUCAGGGGGAAUUAUGCUUAAAUUCACCCCUUCACAAUAGAGUUUACACCAAGUACCACAUCAGCCCCACUUAAGCUCUGAAUAUAGUGCUGAAAUGAGAUACAGGUGGUGCUUACACCUCCUAUUGGCCCUUUACAUAAUAGUGAAACGUCACCGAUGACUGUAGGGGGAAGGCAGAAGCUGGUUAUACACAGACAGGGCUCCCAGUGGGAAGUACAGAUGCUGGUAUAUUAUCUUCUGUAGUACUGGAUCCUGGGUGCUUCAUGUCACAGAGCAUCAUAACACGAUGUCUGAGUUGUCAGUGGUCCUUUCACAGCUGCCUGCUGCAGCCCAGCACACAGACAAAGCCUUUGACUGAAUUGCUGGAGUACCUGCCACAAAGUCUUUUUUGCCAGAGGAAUUAAGCUAAUGGACAAACUGACUGAUUAUCUGUUGCUAUAAUGGAGUACCCCGCAGUACAGCACAGCAAAUGAGGUCUGUGUUUGCACCAGAGGCUGUAAAAAAGGCAAGGCAGGACAUGAAGCCUCCAGUUAAUGGUGAAGGGGGUCAUUUGCCUGGCAAAAUCAUUAAGGGAGCUAUGCUGAAUGCAGCAGCACAUCGUAACUGAGCCCCUGCCCUUAGCACUAGGAGCAGUAAUACUUCUCCUGAGUACCCCAUCCUAGAUCCAGUCCCUUGGCAUUUAGGGCUGGCCACCAUCAGGGGCAGAGUGCUUGGCUGGGUACGGUGUUUUUAUGUCUCACCAUAUUCUGGUCUUACAAAAGAGUGGUCGUAGCUCAUCUGGGCUGGGAGCAUUUUGGCUUUUGUUUUCCAAAUUCUACCUGCAGUUCUGCUCAGGAAAGAUUUUUCUCCAUCUCUCUCUUGCGGUGUUGCAUAGCUCUGAGUGCUGUGAAGUGGUCACAAGUGCAGAGGCAGGUCACACCUCACUGAAGGCAGAACUUAGGAAAGCAUUUACGUAGAUGUUCUAAUCCAUCCUUGUUCAGAAAAGCACUUAUGGUUAAUUUUGGGCUUGUACGGAAAUGACUUUAUUUUGAACAGGUCCUCUAUGAACGUAUUUAAACCCCUGUGUCAAAUGGAAAUGUUUUCCUAAAGUAGGACCUGGCUGCCAGUGUUUUUUGUACAUAUGACCUGUGGAUGCCUUGGGAAUUUGAGGUGCUUCAGAAAUAUUGAGACCUCAGAGGUUUGUUUGUAACAGACGAAAGCCUUAAUUCUGCAGAUCUGCAUGCCCGUGCACAGUUUUGCCUGGGUGAAUCUCUCCACUGUGAUUCUUCACAGGGUAAAAUUAAACCUCCUCGUUGGCACAUUUGGGCAAAAUUAUUCCCUUCCUGAGAGCGUUUGGCAAUUCCUCAGUACUGCUGCCUGCCAGCCCUGCAUUAAGCAGGUGGGAUUCAGCUGCCGGGGGCACAGCACUACCUGUUCAGAACAGAGAGCAGCCUUUGGCCUGCAGCGAUGGAGAAACAAAAUCCUCAGGUGCCCUCUGACAAAGAGUGCUCAAGAAUGUAGUUCUGCUCACCUGCACAGCGUGGCUUUACUGCUACAGCCACUGCCUGCUGCCAGGACAGCACGGACAGGGCAGGGCUUACCUCCUGCACAGGGCUGGCGGCUGGAGGACAGCACAGCUCUCUGAGAAGUGUUCCUGUUGCUUUUCCUGCUCCUGUUCACCUGAAGCUCUUUCCUGUUAUUUCCCUAUAGCGAAUACUGUGUGGGAGAGCAUUUGCCAGCUUGUCUUCAUUCCAGCUGUGUUGAAGAAUAAACCUUGGGCAAGCAGAGCCCGUGCUCUGCAUUCCCUUUGGUUUUCAUGAGUUUCACUAAGCUGCAGGUCUGUUUGAUAGGUAAGAGACAUAAAAAAUUGCAUGAGUUCUGUGCUCAUAGCCAGCCUAAUGUGUGUGCAGGCAUGCAGGGCACCAGCUCUGAAUCGUUUCCUCAGCUCAGCUGUUCUGGUGGAUACCCUUGCUGUGGGUUUGGGGGGUCGUGUGUUUUCCUGACUGCCUCAGAGCUUGGGAUACAGGAUUGGGACGGAUGCAGUGCUACAGUUUGUUCUUUAAGCAUUCUACAGAAUUACUUUCCACAUAUGCGUAUGAAAGUACAUUGAUAUGUCUAUGGAAACUGUAGUGAAAACAAGCUGCUGCCAUUUUUAGAGUGUUUCCAUAUGUGAGAGAACAUGGCAAUAAAGAAAAAGGCUUUGUGGAAGCAAUUUGAAAUAAAAAUCCUGAGAUCAUAUAUAAGAGGUCCCUGGGAUCUCGCUACUUUACUUUAAUGAAAUCUGGGCCAGAUCCGGAUGAUGAUGUCGCAAGAAGGCCAAUACUUUGUCUCCUAUUGAACAACCAGUUUGUGAUAUGUUCUUGUUUUGUGGACAAAACGAAUCCAAGCACUGAAGACAGAGGUAGCUCAGAAUUCAGUGUUUCACAACGAAUACACAUUUUGUGAUCCAAAAUCUUUGUUGUCGCACCUGGUAAUCCAGCCUCUCCUCCUACUUGCUGAAUAAAAAGAGGUGCUCAUCUAACUUGAAAUAUGUCGAGCUCAGAAGAUGCUUGCACCUGAGUGGGUUGCCCUGGCAGAUAUCUAUCUGCUGAUCUCUUAACACCUCUAUGGACUUUUAGUCAUUAGUAUACAGCUGCAGAUUCUUCAUAAAAUAUAUUUUAGUUCCCAUUCUGGUAUAACCUGGCGUGCAGUUGUCGCAUAGAUUUUCCAGUCUUUUGCCUUGCAAACUUUUUCCUUGGAAUGUACACUACAGCCCUAAGAGGGGAUUCAGGGAUGAACAGGCAAAAAUCAGAGCGUGAGCCUUUAUAGACAACCUGCAAGUCCUCACUGUGGCAAUUGGUCUGCACUGAAAUGAUGAGACAGGUUGUGCUUGGCAGCAGGAGAUGCAUUUCAGCCCAGGCAGUUGGGAGUCUCCCAGGUUGUGUUUACAAGAGCCUCAUUCCUGCCUGGUCUCUUGUCCAUAGAAAAGCUAAUUUCAAACUAAGCAUAUAGUUUGAAAUAAGCCAGGAGAAUGAGUCCACAUGCCGUGCAAACCAUGAAAAUCAGUAGUUGCUUAUUACCUUCUAUUUCAUUAGCAAGAAUGGAGACUUUUUAACCAUUUGUAGUUCUCAUAGAGCCUUGUUGGAUGAAAGUUUCUGGUCUGCUAGAAAUACAGGCUGGGGCAAGGUGGCUGUCUGAACAGAAGGCAGGUAUGGCUUGCUGUUCUGCUGCGUCCAUUUUGCAGGACUGAAAUGGUAGAGAAAUCCAUCUGUCACAAUGGAUCGCUCCAGCACAAGGAAAGGGAAUUGGUGGGAUAAAGCCAACGCCGUUCAGCCUUCUCUGUGGCAAUUUGUGCUGCCCGAGUUUCUCGUAAGGGGGGUGUUGUUCUAGCGGGCUAUUUAAUAGGGACAACUGAUCCAACACAAGCACUCCUUGAAUUCUAACAAGCUGUUACCUGGACGAAUGGAGAGUCGUGCGGCUGAAGCGCCAGAUGGGCUCCGCGCUCGGGCUGCGCGUGUAGCAGAUGGCAGCUGCGGGCUGGGAGGCGGCGAGCGAGGGCGAAGGCUGCCCUCUGCUGUGCGGCAUCACCGCGGCUCAGAGCCGCUCAGCUCGCUUCCUCCUCCCUGGUUCUGGCUCUUCUUUUCCAUGGGAAAAAAAAAAAAAAAAAAAAGCUUUCUCAGCACGAGCUGUAUUUCAAGGAGAGAAGCAGAGGGGGAAAGAUGGAUGAAAUGUGUUGAGGGAAAAGCCAGUGGAUGGGUUUUCCAUCUGAAAUUAAUCUUGGCUCUCUUGACUAUUUUAAUUGUGCAUCGGUGGAAGCUAUUGCUUUCUGGAGCAAAAGCCAAAAAAAAAAAAAAAAAAAAGGAAUAUAAAGAAGAAA